CCCCCAUUUCUAAUUGAUUUUUCUCUCCACCUCACUUUCGGGUCGUCACAGUGCACAGACCACUGCCUCUGAAGCCUCAUCUUCCCAUACGGAGAACUAAUCGGACAGAGAGCGAGCACGCGAGGCAGAGAGGUAAAGUGACAGGAUACCAGCAGCAUCACUGGCAAGCAUCUCCCUGACUGGGCGACAGAACGCGAGAGGGGCUGGGAGAUGAGAGGAAAAGUCAGAAGGGGAAAGAGGAGAGAGAGUGCGUUCAGCUUCUGGAGAAACAAGUUCUUUUGAGUGGAGGGAGGCCGAAGUCCACAGAAGAACAGGAGCUCAAAGAAGAGUUUGAAAAAGAGAGAGAGGAUUUGUGGCAUCGCGGUGGGUGGCACUGGGGGCAAUCAGCGUUUCAUUUUCCUUUUGUUUUUUUUUUUUGGCUGUAAGCACCGUCUGGCUCCUCUCUUCUUCUUCUCCCCUCCUCCUCCUACACCUCUCUGCUCCUCUUUUCAUCCUGACUCUCCUCUCCCAGCUCCCACCGUGGGGUCGCAGCUUUCCAUCACACUCCCCCCCUCCCUUGCUCCCUACCUCCCCCGGGCCCUGCUGGGAGCCUCCGGGCUGCUGCGCCGCAGGAGGAUGUCUCGCCGGGAGUCUCCACCACUGCCGCCUUCACCGCCUCCCCCUCCGCAGCUCCUAGGAGUGCAAAGAGGAGAGGUGGAGGAUCGUCCGGAGCGUGCGGAGCCGCUGUCCGACACGGAAAGGGAAAUCAUCCAGGACACGUGGAGGCACGUGUACAAGAACUGUGAGGAUGUGGGAGUAGCCGUGCUCAUAAGGUUCUUUGUGAACUUCCCAUCGGCUAAACAGUACUUCAGCCAGUUCCGGGACAUGGAGGAUCCUGCGGAGAUGGAGAGAAGCAGCCAGCUUCGGCACCACGCCGGCAGAGUGAUGAACGCCCUCAACUCUGUGGUGGAGAACCUUCACGACCCAGAGAAGGUGUCAUCGGUGCUGGCCGUGGUGGGAAAAGCCCACGCACUCAAACACAAGGUGGAACCUGUGUACUUCAAGAUCCUGAGCGGCGUCAUGCUAGAGGUUUUUUCUGAAGAUUUCCCAGAAUUCUUUCCGGAAGAGGUGCAGGUGGUUUGGACCAAGCUGAUGGGGGCGGUGUACUGGCACGUGACAGGGGCCUACACGGAGGUGGGCUGGCUCCAGGUCUCCAGCUCGGCGGUGUGAAUAAUUAACGCGCAGACUUGGUGUGUCAUACUGUUAAUUGUAAAAGGAGGGGAAUGCCGUGAUGAUAUUUUCACAGAUAACGUCAGAUUAACGUAGUAAUCCAUGAAAUUCUGUGUUGUAGGGGGUGUUUUGGGGUGUGAGUUGCGGGGUAGGGGGGAUUUUGGUGCCAACGUUCUUCA